AUGACGGGGUCCUGGGAAGAUGGGGAAAGCGUGGUUGCCAUUCACCAUAAGGGUGGCUUUGAUGUUGAUACGGUGGGUAUUGUGCAGGGGUGCGAGCAGCCGGAUGAGGUUGUGGAAUGUUUUGGCCCUCAGGGAUGUGAUAGCUCUCCUGGUGAGGAUACAUAUUCGUGUUCAUGCCGUACACACUUUGCGAUUGUUGUUGCUGCUGCUGUGGCUGUAUCGAUGGAAUUGGAUAAUGGAACACAGUGGUCGAGUCAUCAUCUUCUAGAGCUCUGGGAUCCUCAAGCAUCACUCGAUUGCCGAGGACUUCAUGCGUUUGCAUUGGAGCUGGGGUGGAAUGAUUACUCGAUGAAUGUUGUGCCAAAUAUUGACGGUGUGAGGGGGUUUGUUGUUCCGCAAAGGGUUGUCGAUGUGCAUUACUCGGAAUUGGUAUCUGUAUUGGAUUCUGUGUUGGUGCAGGUUUUGGUGCUGGUGCUUCUCGCUCCUGACUCUGAGUGUUGA